GCUUCUUUCAACGGCAGCAACAGUUAGUCAGCCACUUCGGUAGCUUGCUAGCCAAAAUAGCCGAAGCAAUAAAGCUCUUUAGACUCUUUCUGGUAUAUUAGCCACUGUGUUUUGAAGACAUUUAUGUCAUCUAGCUAGUUAUCUCACUUAAUUUCCUAUUUACGUUUUUGUUGGUCAGCUAGCUGUCUCGUUAAGUUAGCAUUAGCCUAGCUAGCUAGCUGUUAGCUAACAUCCCCGACCAUGAGUUCACCAAGCUACUCCCCUGUUGUUGAAGAAGAGGAGGUCUGCUGGACGGAGAAAGAGGGUCUGUGGCUGAACGUUGUCGUGAAAGAGGAGAAGGAAGAAGAGGAUGUCACAGCAAUUAAAGAAGUAACAGAGGAGGAGGAGGAUGUUACAGUGAAAGAAGAAGAGGUGGACAUUACAGUUAAAGAAGAGGACGUAGCGAUCAGAGUGAAAGACGAGGAGGAUGUUACAGUGAAGGAAGAGGAGGGAGAGAUAACUGUCAUAUUGGAGGAGGAAGAAGAAGAGGAGGAGGUUGGAGAACUGAUUAACACCAGAGAGAGAUGUGACUAUCGUGGGUCCUCUGGCGAGCCUCAACAACCUCAUGAUGCUGACGAGGCAGAGAAGAGUCCCUCCAGAGCAGAAAACCUCAAGAAACCCCAGCAGAGACCCACAGGGAAGAAAUCUCACCACUGCCCUGACUGUGGGAAGAGUUACUCAAGAUCAGAUUCACUAAAAGUUCACCUGAGAAUUCACACAGGAGAAAAACCUCACUGCUGCUCUGACUGUGGGAAGAGAUUUACCUCUUCAGCAGACCUUAAAAGACAUGAGAGAAUCCAUACAGGAGAAAAACCUUAUAGCUGUAAUCAAUGUGGGAAGAGUUUCACAACAUCUAGCCAGCUGACUAUACACCAGAGAACACACACAGGAGAGAAACCAUACCACUGCUCUGACUGUGGAAAGCGUUUUCUUAAGUCAGGACAUUUAAAAUCACACCAGAGAACACACACAGUAGAGAAACCUUAUAGCUGUGAUCAAUGUGGGAAGAAUUUUACUCACUCAAGCUGCCUGACUGUACACCAGAGAACACACACAGGAGAGAAACCUUAUAGCUGUGAUCAUUGUGGGAAGAGUUUUGUUACAUCUAGCCGCCUGACUAUACACCGGAGAACACACACAGGAGAGAAACCUUACAGCUGUGAUCAAUGUGGGAAGUGUUUUGUGACAUCUAGCAGUCUGAUUAUACACCAGCGGACACACAAGAGUAAAAUCAAUGUGGCAAGAGAUACUCUGGUAAAAGAUCUCUGAUUAAGCAUCAGAAAAUACGGCCUCCCGAGUGGCGCAGUGGUCUAAGGCAUGGUAGUGCUAGCUGUGCCACUAGAGAUCCUGGUUCGAGGCUCUGGACUGGUGGAAUAGAUUUCCAGUGUGGAAAGAGGGUUCAGUCAGUUUGUGUUAAUCGUUCUCCGGGUUAGAGGAGGGUUUGGCCCAGCGUUCUCCGGGUUAGAGGAGGGUUUGGCCCAGCGUUCUCCGGGUUAGAGGAGGGUUUGGUCCAGCGUUCUCCGGGUUAGA